CCAAUGAGGCGACACGUCGUUCACGGGACGCGCGGUUUGAAUCUACAUGAGUUUCACGCUCGGUGGUCGAGCGGAGCGGAGUGGGAGUGUAUCAAUCGUACAUGCCGUGAUGGAUGAAGUUUCGACAAACGAUCCAGGAGGUGGAGAAAGUGGAGGGACGCUGAUAUGUGCUGGUUGUCUUAAUGCUAUUGAUGAAGAUGAAUUUAUACAGGCGUUGAAUCAAGAAUGGCACAUUGAUUGCUUUCGAUGUUCUGCGUGUGAUAUCGGCCUAUCCUCCUGGUACUUCGAGAAAGAUGGUCUCCUAUUUUGUAAAGACGACUACUGGGCUGCUUAUGGCGAGGCAUGUCAAGGCUGUGGCCAGAUCAUCACUGGUCCUGUUAUGUUGGCAGGAGAUCACAAAUUUCACCCAGAAUGUUUUGCCUGUACUUCUUGCGGUGCUUUUAUCGGGGAUGGCGAAAGUUACGCGCUGGUCGAACGCUCCAAAUUGUACUGCGGGGUUUGCUAUAAACGACAGAUGCAACCGCUUAACAGGACAGCAAACUAUCCAUUCGCCAGGAAACCACAUAGUAUCAGGCUAGUCGAGAUACCCCCUAGCACGACGGACCCGGAUAAACAGAGAGGAAUCAAGCUCACGUUGGACACAGCUCCCAGUCCUCGCAGCUGCGGCGCUUUGUUGCGCAUCUCAGAGUUAAUGAGAAAUGUUCGUGGAAAGAUCAGUAAGCUGCUGGCCUCUGUGAUGGAGGUUCUAUUUAGGCUAUGCUGCCACUUCUCUAAUCAUAGAUUGAACAUGUCCAGUGAUCUUAUAUCGUUACACAUUGGCGAUCGGAUCUUAGAAGUAAACGGUACUCCUGUUAAAGAUCAGCCGGUGGAAAGUAUCGAAAAUCUUAUACAGUAUUCAGAUACAGUUUUACAGCUGACUAUCGAGCACGACCCAGAUGCUGUGUCACGACGACCUACAUUCUCUUCACCGUCCUCGACAAUGUUAACAUGCAUCGGCAGUCCCAGAACGAGUCCCGAAGGCAAAGAGCGACUCUUUAAACGCCGCGACGAGGGUUACAUCAGCGGUGCGCGAAGCCGACAAUUACGAAGAACGAGAGAUCCGAUGCACAAAGAACGCAGCAGUUCCAUGUCGCGAUUGUUGGACGGGUCUUCACCCAUGAAUCCAACUUGUGAUCUGAGCCGUACUAGAUCUUUUCGCGUAGAGCCAAAGAAUCAGAGAAUAUUUCGUGCUAGCGAUCUAGUGAAGGGCGAGCUUCUGGGCAAAGGAUUUUUCGGACAAGUAUUCAAAGUCACGCAUCGCGACACGGAUGAAGUGAUGGUUCUCAAAGAAUUAUACAGAGUGGAUGAGGAUGCACAGAAGAACUUCUUAAAAGAGGUUGCGGUUCUACGCUCGUUGCAUCAUAACAACGUUCUUCGAUUUAUCGGUGUUCUCUAUAAGGACAAGAAACUACAUUUGGUUACCGAAUAUAUAGCGGGUGGCACGUUAAGGGCUCUGCUGCACGAUACGAACGAACCGCUGCCGUGGGAACAGCGUACGUCUUUCGCGAAAGACAUUGCUGCCGGCAUGGCUUACUUGCAUUCUAUGAAUAUCAUUCACCGCGACCUGAAUUCGCACAACUGCCUCGUUCGCGAGGAUAAGACUGUAGUAGUCGCCGAUUUCGGUCUGGCGAGGAUCAUUCAGAAUGGCAGUUCGCCGGACAGUCGCAAGUACAGCCGACAUUCCGACGGGGAGGUGAAAACCACAAAAAAGGAGCGGAAGAAACGGUACACAGUCGUCGGGAAUCCCUAUUGGAUGGCGCCCGAGAUGAUGAAGGGCAACAAAUACGACGAGAAAGUGGAUAUAUUUAGCUUCGGCAUUGUCGUCUGCGAGAUCAUAGGCCGGGUUCAGGCAGAUCCUGAUUAUCUACCCAGGUCGUCGGACUUUGGCUUGAAUCAAAAUGUUUUCAAGGAGAAGUUCUGCUCUAAUUGCCCGGAGACAUUUUACAUGAUCGCGUUUCUUUGCUGCGAUUUAAAUCCCGACAAAAGGCCACCUUUUGAAGUUAUGGAAGUCUGGCUGGAGGGAUUAGCGAUGCAUUUGUCGGUAGGUGCUGAAUUACCGGCUGAUUUGGACUACGACAUUAGAAAUUAUAAAGGACCGAGUCCGAGCAGCAGCGAGUCCACGACUCCGGAAACUCUUGCGCCGCAAUUGAGGCCUAUCAAAGAGGGCCAAGUGCAUCAAGAGAAAAAACGAUCCAGCGGCUGCGACGACAGCACACUGGAACGUGAGGUAGAGCCUAUACCGGGCAAUGCGCAACGUGUACCCGACGUUGUAAGUCCGCGUGGCAGAUACGCGAGGCAGAACAGCAAGACCAGCGACAAUUCUGGCAAUGUAGGACGUUAUUCGAGACAAAAUUCCAAAUCGAAGGACCUCGUGCCGGAUAAAGAGAAGCCUGACAUUGUGAUUUCCCCCGAUUCCAGUGGUUUCAGCGGGCGGUAUUUACGGAAUAAUGUCAAAAUGAAAGAUACAUCUCCCGAUAUCCCAAAUACAUAUGCUUAUUUGAAGCAGGAAACAUAUCCGAGACAAAUCGAUUCGAGUGAGCACAAUUUAACUCGAAUACCCACGAUAGAAAAAAUUAAGUAUGUGGGUUGUGCGAGCCCGUCCACUGUUUCCGACGCUCCAGAGUAUAUAAUCGAUAAUAAAGGUUCGUAUAAAAUCAACAAUAGUCUAAAACAAAAGUCGGCAGACAAAUUUAACGAUACGAGCGGUCACAAAAUAAAGUCAGAGAGCAAAUUCAAAAUGCCGGACGCUGCGAGUUCCGUCAGCUCGUAUUUGAGGCAAAUCGGAAAAUCUAUCGGUGCUGUGGAGAAGGAAAAUAAAGCGAUCAAUAACCGAAAUGGUGUCAAUUGUAGCGAUACUGACUCGAAGAAAGUAGAAGGCACAAAGUCAUCCACGGGGUACCUGCGAAGGACGAAAAUAUCACCUACCAAGGAGACAUUAAAGAACAAUGCCUUUUCUAUCAAAGAGAUCGCCAAAGACAAGGUCGAUGCCAUUUCAUCGUUGCAGAAGACCACAGAGUCAAAAGUCCCAUCGAACCAAAAGACAGUCGCAAGGAACGAAGAUCUUAAAGGUAGACUAUCUAGACAGGAAAGCAACGUAUCCGAUGUCGGCAGUAUUUUGUCUAGGCAAGGAAGUCUCACGGUAUUAGGUAGCUCUUCGAAAUCCAAAGAUGAUACAUACGAGGAUUAUUCGCCGUUCAACACCUUUGCAAAGGAUGACUUUCGCAAGGACAACACCUUCAGAAAGCAAGGUACAGGCCUGUACCAUACAGACAGCCUUUAUUCCAAUUCCAGCGUUUCAAAGCAGGAUGACUUCAUCAUACCUAACAAACGAAACGCAAGUAAUGAUGGCGAUUGCAUCGUUGGAACCAAAGCGCUGGGUGAUGCUUCGAAAAACCCGAUCAUGAUUUCGAAGUCCGUUUAUGGCGGUGACUUGAAAGCGAUGCCGGACUGUUUGGCCGAUUACACCGGGUGUUACAAGAGCGUCGAUAUAUGCCGACAAGAUAGCUUCGGUUCCGACAGCGCCGUCGGUACCAUGAAGAGCGACUUCUUUACAGAUGUCGAUUUCGCACAGAUGAGAGACGGCCGACACACACCGAAUCUGUGCCAUACCCCCGACAGAUGCUGCACACCCAAUCGCCCGACGUCGCCUAUAGAGAGUACCGCUUUGUAGAUGAAAGAAACAUCUCUGCCCGCGGCAAGAAAAGGGUGAACAACAUUCGGAAUUUUACGGAACAUCGAGAUAACGUGCGUAAUUCUCGACGAGAUGUGAAUCUCAUGCUACUAAUAUGAUCUCUAUUCAUAAUGUUAAGGUUUGAACAUGUAACGUGCUUAGUUUGCAGUAUUAACUCUUUUUUUUAGGAUUUACCUUGUCAUCGUUAUUUUUAGCGCGUUGAGCGACAAACUGAAAUCGUAUAUUGACUUUUAGUAUGAUCGUGAUGCGAAAUUUGGAUCGGAAUCAUCUCUUGAAUGACAUCCCCGAAAGGAAAGUUUUUCGACAAUAUAUUUGUAUUUUCUCGUUCCUUGUUGAAACUGCACUCAAAAUACUCGAGAGUUAAUGAAAUGUGUAAAGAGCGAAAAUUCAGACUUUGGAGCAUUCCCGUUUGAUAAAUCGAAUAAUUGUCUCUUUAAAGUAAGUUACGAUAACACCAUAAUCAGUAUUAAUGAAUUUCGUUCGUUAUCAGUUUAUACGAAUUUAGGCCGCAAUGACGCAUCGAUCUUAGCUAGCCGUAAGCAUUUUAUUACAUUCCUAUGAGGUCUUGCCACGCGGUUUUUCAAAGUGGGAGUUUACACAAUAAAGCGUGACUCCGCGACAAGAGCAUUCCAUCCAAAAUACUACUUGUAACGCCGGGAUUUUAUAUAUAUAUAUAUGUACGGUAUUAUAUGCUAACGCGUGCUCGAAAAAAACGGCACUGUGAAUACGAUUAAUCGUGCGCAACUACAAAUUUCAAAAUCGUAGAAUCAAAAGGAACCGUCAAAAGUCGAAGUACAUGGUGCAAACAAAUUUCCCUGGAAACAUACAUGACCACGUAUGUUCUCUUUAAACUGUAAACACGUCACACAGCUUCAGUUCUUUUUGUAGAAUAGAAUGUAAAAAUAGUACUAUAUCUCUGUUUUCGGAUACAUACAUAUAGAUGUACAUCACAGUGUAAAAUAUUGUAUACGUUUGUACUACUGAUGUACAUAUACAGAUGAUCUAUAUAUAUAUAUAUACAUAUGUAUGUAUGUACAAAUACGUGCAUAUAGAUAUAUACAUAUACGUGCGACGCUUAUAUCCUCGUUGUCUGUCAUAGUUUCCGAUAUAUUUUGAUAAAAUGAAAUCGCGUUUGUGUGUAUGUUAAAGAGUUAUGAGUUGUUUGCGUAUCUUCUUCUUAUCGAGAGAUGUUAAACGUAUGAUCUUUUAACGAGGAUAUAAACGUCGGGGAAGUAGAAAAUAUCAUUUGUAUAGAGGCGACAAAUUAUUUGUAUAUAAUUUUGUAUAUAUCCAGAUAUUUGUGUAAUUUUCGCGCGGAACAUGCUGAUCAGUGUUUAAGUAGAACUGAGUUCUAUACUUGCGCCACGUAAAAGUAUAUAACUAGUUUCUCCCUACAUGAUCACAGAUUCAUUUCCUUGCCGUCUCUUUAACCGCAUGUUGGCUCUAUUUUAUGACGUUUCGAUAAAUUUUUGUGCUUUUGUGUUUUUUCAGAUGACAUUCCAAGCAAUAAUUUUAAUACUCAUAAUUCUCUGUCUCGUUUUUACUUUGUUUAGCGUUUGCUGAUGCGACGCAUGAAAUGACGCAAUCAAUGAGAUCUUUUCUUUACCAGGAAAUAAAUUUGUUUCGGGGAAGCACCUAUAUGCAUUGGUUAAAUAUAUUGUUUCUAAAUAAAUCUAUUAUUAUCUAGAAUGAAGGCAUUCUCAUAUUAUUUAUUCGCAUAACGCGCUUUGUGUAGUCUCGUGAUCGUAUAUUUAUCCUGAAAAACUGCACGUUCGAUACGCGAAAGAGCCCGAUCAAAGAGUAUCAAUUUUUAUUUUUCCUCUCGUGUUUGUAUAGAAAGGAUAUAUACAGGAAACAUAUUGCUAAGCGUUACCGCAAAAGCUAUCAUGUAGAUUAAAGAUCAUUACAUAAAUAUAUACGUCCAUGUGUAGACGAGGACAAUAUGUGCAAUAAUUAUAUAUGGCUUGCUAUAUGUAUAUGAUAGAGCUAGUUUAAGAGGUUGUUCACGGCUUAUUGUUACGAUAGCGAGCUAGUUGACGAAGGUAGAGAACUUCGUAUCAUAUGAAACAAUAUUGCGACGUGUUACGAAAAAAGAAAAAAAAACAAAACAAAGAAAAAAAGAAGAAUAUAAACUUUACGUUCUCACCGACAACGCGGGUAGCGCUACAUACGGUCGUCUGAUUCUGAUUCUCUCUAUUCCGACAAUUAUAUUAUUUGAUGUAAAUACGUGAUGAGAAGAGGUUGGCGUCCGUAUUUAGCGUUAUGAACGAAGGAAGCACGACUGCGGGUCGGACAAACGAGUCGGACGCAUGAUCGGAUAAACGGCGAAGAAUAUAUAAAAAAAUUGCAUAAUCGAUUCUGUGCUUUCACCGCGGCCAUCUUAAUUAAUGGCGUCAGAAGCGAGGAAACAUACAUCCAAGAUCUUUGCCAAAUACGUCGAAAUAACAAGUUAAUCUAUAAAAUGACACUUGUGAUCAGUUGAGCACAUUUGUAAAAUAUUUCGAAAACUUUGUUUUUACUCUGACAAUAAAUAAGUAACCGUAAAAUUAACGUAACAAAAUCACGAGGAAAGAUAGAUUAAAAAGGAAGAUUGCAUGUCACGUUAAUUUUACGAUUAUUUAUUGAUUGGGGUAGAAUGAAAGGAAAGUUUCCGGAAUAUUGUGCAAGUUUACUUAAUCAAUCCCAAAAAUCACUUUAUGAACAUAUCCUUUUAUUUCAGUGUAUUUCGCAAGAAUUUUGGACAUGUGUCUUCUCACUUCUAAUGUCAUCAAAUGAGAGUUCCGUAGCGAUUAACCAGGAGUCUUAAUUUUUUAAUUUAAAAAUUACGUGAAAGAGCAAAGGAGACAGAGAGAGAGAAAAAGAAAGAGAGAGAGAGAGAGGGGGGGGAGAGGGGGAAAUGGGAUAUCGUAAUAUGUCGCGGAGGACAGUAUUACCGCUACUCACUGCAUAUUGUUGCUUAGUAGCUAACAUACGUUUGCUAUCGUACUCUUUAGCAUACAUAGCGGGCACAAAGAUCGUGUUAAGACUUGUAAAGAGAUAUCUGUAACGAGUAGACGUUAUUUUUAUAGCUCCUGUAAAUUUUCACGUCUUUUUCACAGCCGAUACGAUCAACGAUAGAUCGAUAUAAGCGAUAUCCAGUCAUUAACGCAUCGAUUCGUUAACACGAUCGAGGCUGUAAUGGCAGGAUACUCUAUAUAAUCCCGGUUCUUGAUAUUUUCACUCUUCAGUUUGUAAAUUGAUUUGUUUAUCGCAAAUUCAACAUAGUCUUGAACAAGUAUUUUUUAUAGAGCACUAUAGAAAAUCUAAUAUAUCUAAUUUUGUGUGUGUGUGUGUGAGUGUGUGCGACAUUCUAAUUUGAUAGGAGGAAUAUUUUCAUACAGUCAGUUACUUUUAUCGGCCUAAUUUCUCAUAGAGUAUUGGUGGUAAUUAUUGGAUAAAUAAUUAAUGAUUGAAAGAUUUUUCACACUUUGUAACUAAUCGCGGAUUAUUUCGUUUGCAUGACGAUGCGGAUGCGGAGAUCCGAUUUUUCACGUUAUAUUCGCAAAGUAUUCGUUGUCUCAUCACUAGUCGCGAUCUUGGAUCUCUAUUGUGAACCUAAUAUUAUAAUACUCACACGUAAUUAAUGUCGAUGCUAUUGUUGUAAAAACACGAACGAGAUAUCGCGAAGUUACGCGAAACUAAAGUUGUCCAGAUUGUUACAUCUGACAGGAAGAGGGACGGUCUUGGUGAUCUUCAGAUGCAUCCGUCGGUGCAUACGAACUCGAAAUUGCCAAACGGGAUUCCUAAGCGAGAGCAAUAAUUGCGUUAUUAAAAUUAAUAUACACGAGAUUGUAUAUAUUCACGUUGUUCUUCUUUUUUCCUUUCACAUGCUACACAUAUGUUGGAGCGAGCGAGAUGAACGCGAUUCCGAGCGAUCAAUUGAGCACGUCUGUGUUAUCGCGACGUUUAGCGAUGAUUCAAUGAUUGCGAACUGAUCUCGAUGACGAUUGUUUAUAAUAUUUCGGCAAGCUACUUGCGAGCGGAGAACGAACGAAGAGAUGUUUUUAUAUUAUCUUUAUCAACUUGUUGCUUGUAAAGUUUACGUAUAAGUUUCCGCGCAGAGUUUUAUGUGAAACAAAUGUUUUAUUUAACAUUCCAAUAACUCAGUGAGAGAAAAAUAGAAUAAACCGUUGACAGGA